GGAUCCUCGGCCCCAGCUAGGUCGUUCCCGGUUCGGAAGCCACUGCAGGCCCUACCGGGCCGAGGGGCGGGCCCCAAGCCUCGGCCUCGCCUCCCGCUGCCGUCCGCCGCCCGCCGCUUCCCGGCGGCCGUGCCGGGCGACGCCGCCAACAUGCUGCAGAAGCGGGAGAAGGUGCUGCUGCUGAGGACUUUCCAGGGCCGGACGCUGAGGAUCGUUCGCGAGCACUACCUGCGGCCUAGCGUGCCCUGCAACAGCCCGCUCUGCCCGCAGCCAGCCGCCUGCCGCAACGAUGGGAAGCUCUUGUCUGCAGAAGUCACUCAUUAUGUGAUUCCAGACUGGAAAGUUGUCCAGGAUUACCUUGAGGUCCUCGAGUUUCCCGAGUUGAAGGGAAUUAUUUUCAUGCAAACGGCUUGUCAAGCUGUGCAGCACCAGAGAGGCCGGAGACAGUAUAACAAACUGCGAAACCUCCUGAAGGAUGCUCGCCAUGACUGCGUUCUCUUUGCUAACGAGUUCCAGCAGCACUGUUACCUGCCCCGGGAAAAGGGGGAGGCCAUGGAGAAGUGGCAGACCAGGAGCAUAUACAACUCAGCUGUUUGGUACUAUCACCACUGCGGGGACAGGAUGCCCAUCGUUAUGGUGACAGAAGAUGAAGAGGCCAUUCAGCAGUAUGGAAGUGAAACAGAAGGCGUUUUUGUAAUCUCUUUCAAGAAUUACUUGGACAACUUCUGGCCGGAUUUAAAGGCUGCCCAUGAGCUCUGUGACUCCAUCCUGCAGUCUCGCCGGGAAAGGGAGAAUGAAAGUCAGGAAACCCAUGGGAAGGAGUACCCAGAGCACCUUCCCCUGGAAGUGCUGGAGGCAGGCAUCAAAUCCGGACGCUACAUCCAGGGAAUUCUGAACGUCAACAAGCACAGAGCUCAAAUAGAAGCUUUUGUUCGCCUACAAGGAGCCAGCAGUAAGGACUCAGACCUGCUCAGCGACAUCCUCAUCCAUGGCACAAAGGCGCGGAACCGCUCCAUCCAUGGAGAUGUGGUGGUGGUGGAGCUGCUCCCCAAAAAUGAGUGGAAAGGAAGAACUGGUGCCCUGUGUGAGAACGACAGUGAAGACAAAGCCUCGGGCGAGUCCCCAAGCGAGCCCAUGCCCACAGGUCGAGUGGUGGGCAUCCUUCAAAAGAACUGGCGAGAUUAUGUGGUGACAUUUCCAUCCAAAGAAGAGGUCCAGUCUCAGGGCAAAAAUGCUCAGAAGAUCCUAGUCACGCCCUGGGAUUACAGAAUCCCCAAAAUCCGCAUCAGCACCCAGCAGGCCGAGGCCCUCCAGGACUUCAGGGUGGUUGUGAGAAUUGACUCCUGGGAGACAACAUCAGUGUACCCAAAUGGACACUUUGUGCGUGUUUUAGGGAGAAUCGGAGAUCUGGAAGGGGAGAUUGCAACCAUCCUGGUAGAAAACAGUAUUUCUGUUGUUCCCUUCUCAGAAGCCCAGAUGUGUGAGAUGCCAGUGAACACACCAGAAAACCCUUGGAAGGUGAGCCCCAAAGAAGAAAGAGAGCGGAAGGACCUGAGGAACACCCACCUUGUGUUCAGUAUCGACCCCAAGGGUUGUGAAGAUGUGGAUGACACACUCUCAGUCAGAACCUUAGCCAAUGGCAACCUGGAGCUCGGGGUCCAUAUCGCCGACGUCACACACUUUGUGACCCCCAACUCUUAUAUUGAUGUCGAAGCUAGAACGAGGGCCACCACUUACUACCUAGCAGACCGCCGCUACGACAUGCUGCCCUCCAUCCUCAGCGCGGAUCUCUGUUCCCUCCUGGGAGGCGUUGACAGGUAUGCCAUGAGUGUCAUGUGGGAAUUAGAUAAAACCUCUUAUGAAAUUAAGAAAGUGUGGUAUGGCAGAACCAUUAUCCGAUCAGCUUACAAACUGUUCUACGAGGCGGCUCAAGAGCUACUGGAUGGAAACUUCAGCAUUGUUGAUGAUAUUCCAGAAUUCAAAGCCUUGGAGGAGCAGAGCCGACAGGCCAAACUGGAGGAGUUAGUGUGGGCAAUUGGAAAGCUGACUGACAUAGCGCGCCACAUCCGAGCAAAAAGAGACCGCUGCGGUGCCCUGGAACUGGAAGGUAUAGAAGUUCGAGUCCAGCUGGAUGACAAGAAGAACAUUCAUGACCUCAUCCCUAAGCAGCCCCUGGAGGUUCAUGAGACAGUGGCAGAAUGCAUGAUCCUAGCCAACCACUGGGUGGCCAAGAAGAUCUGGGAGAGUUUCCCCCACCAGGCUUUGCUGCGCCAACACCCACCUCCACACCAGGAGUUUUUCUCAGAGCUCCGGGAAUGCGCUAAAGCGAAAGGCUUCUUCAUAGACACACGGUCCAAUAAAACCCUGGCUGACUCUCUGGAUAGAGCCAACGACCCCAGUGAUCCUCUGGUGAACCAGCUGCUGCGCUCCAUGGCUACUCAGGCCAUGUCCAAUGCCCUCUACUUCUCUACCGGCUCCUGUGCAGAGGAGGAGUUCCAGCAUUACGGUCUUGCGUUAGAUAAAUAUACCCACUUUACUUCUCCAAUAAGAAGAUAUUCAGAUAUUGUUGUACACCGACUAUUAAUGGCAGCCAUUUCAAAAGACAAGAAGAUGGAAAUUAAAGAAAAUUUGUUCAGCAACAAAGAUCUUGAGGAAUUAUGCCGACAUAUCAACAACAGAAACCGAGUAAGAAAGAAUUUCAAAUUCUUACCUAUCUCAUAAGAGGGUUUCAGCUUUUUGCAUAAGAAAAUGGGGUACCAUAUAUUUUUUGCAAAUUCCAUUAUUGUAGCCAGUGCUCGUAAUACAUUUACUAGUGUUCUUAAAUAACAUGAAUUUGUUGGGGGCGGGUGUUGUUGUUGUUGUUUGAUUGUUGUUUUUGAGACAGCGUCUCAUUAUAUAGACCAGUCUGACCUCUGCCUCCCAAGUGCUGGGAUGUCAGAACUACACAGUAAUGAGACUCCGUUUCAAAAAAAAAAAAAAAAAGAAAAAGAAAAAAAAGCUAGCAUUGUCUAGAGUUUUCGGGGUGAUUUGAGACAGGGUUUUUUUUCUAUGUAGACCUGGCUGUCCUAGAACUCACUCUGUAGACCAGGUUGGCCUCGAACUCACAGAAAUCCACCUGGCUCUGUCUCCCAAGUGUUGGGAUAAAAAUCAUAUACCACCACCACCUGGCUUAAUUAUAUAAAAAUUAAGUUUCAUUUAUUUAUUUAUUAUGUGUAUGUAUCUGUGCAUUCAAGUGAAAGUCAGUAGAUAAUUUGUAGGAGUUAGUAAUCUCUACCAUCUUCAUCCCAGGGAUAGGACUCAGGUUGGGCAGUAAAUGCCUUUAACCACUGAGCCAUCUCAUUGGUCUUAAUAUGUGUGUGUGUGUGUGUGUGUGUGUGUGUGUGUGUGUGUGUGUGUGGAAAGAGAGAGAGGGAGAGAGAGAGAGAGGCAGAGAGAGAAACAGAGUAGGAAAGAAUAACUUUCAGGAUUGGUUCUUGCUUUCCACCAUGUCUUUGAGAACUUGUUUCUGCUCCUGCACUGUGCACUCCAGGAUAGCUGGCGAGUACAGUUGUGAGUGUCUGGCCGAGUCUCCCAUCUCUGCCUCCCAUCUUGUAGUAGGAAUGCUGGGCUUACAGAUAUGCACCACCAUAUUCAGCCUUUACAUGGGCUCUGGGGGCUGAAUUCAGGUGAUAAGGUUUGCACAGAAAGUGCCUUUGCCUACUGAGCCUUCCCUUCACAUCUCACCUGCCUGCUGCUCCAUCUAUUUUUUUCUUUUCUAAGAUAGUGUUGCUCUGUCUCUUUUUCUUUGGUUUAGUUGAGAUGACAGCUUUCUCUGUAUGGCCAAUCCUCCUGUCUCAGCCUCCCAGGUACUGGGAUUACAGGUUUGUGCCACCAUACUGUAGAAUCCUGCCCUUUUAAAAGCUGUUUCUGUGGGAAUGAGUUCCGGGUUUCUGCUGGACAUCAGGGAAG